GGUUAGUUCAAAAUCAAAAUUCGGUUUGGCAGCACUACAAUUUCAGAAAUUUCUUUUCAAACUAAAUUCUAUGUCUGGUCCAUCGCAUAAAGGAGGAGCCCUGCCGGCCGCAGAUGGGUUUGUCAAUGGGUUGACCACCGACAACAGUCCAAUCGAAAUUAGGGUGCCCUUUGGAUAUGGACAGAGGGGAAAGCUGCCCGUUACCAUGCACUAACAGGAGCAGUGAAAAUACAAAAAAAUCGCCGGUGAAAGUGGAAAACUCUCUCCUCGCACUUUUCGGUUUCAGUUCCGAGCAGGACGACCUGUAUCGCACUCGUAAUUUACGUUCGGACGAUACUUUGGGUUUGGUCGUGUCCAAGUGGCUUCGCUACUCCUUGGAAGACAUGUCCCUGCGGCAACCCUUUGUCCCAACCACGAUGGGCCAAUACCAGCAACAGCAGCUGUUGCAAAAACGCCCGCAACUGCAGAGACAUAACCCAAUGUCCUUGCCACAAGAGCAUCCUUUGAUCUCCCAGCAGCAGCAGCAGCUGCAACAGCAGCAACUGCAACAACAGCAGCUGCAACUGCAACAGCAACGUCAGCAGCAGCAAUACUAUUACGCCCAGUUGCAACCCCAGAUUGGAACUGUGUAUAACCCUCGACCUUGGCUUCCGUAUCAAAAUCAGCAGCCAUCAAAUCAGCGAGGCAACUAUCAAUAUUGGUAUGGCAUGCCUCCAAGGUCUGUAAAUAUCCAACAAGCUGUGCCUUUACAUCCGGAACUCAUACCUCCAUCGUUCUGUCAACACCCAAAUGGAGCUUAUAUUCAGCCCUCAGCUGCACCCAAACCUGAGAAUAAAGCUGCAAUGAAGGCACGAAAUCCCCCACCCAAGGACCAGGCACAACCCACCGUUUUGCAAGGUCGACCGAUGGCCGGUGGACGUUCGAACUUUCGACCCCAAUCUUCAACCGAGUCGGGCAGCCUGAACCGCAUCAACAGUCUCACCAGCUUCCAAGAUGAAAGUGGUUUCCGAGUACGUGACUCUAAAGAGGAUAUGAUCAAGUAUCGGCGCAUUGCCGCAAGAACACUAAGUCCUGAUAUGGAAGAAUUCGAACGAAGGCAGAAGAAUUUAAAGUUGCAGAAAGAAAAACCGUCCCAGGAAAGUAAGCUCAAGGAAGAAGAGAACGACUCCAGCCUGGGAAGUGGUGCCAGCAGUUUAUUUCGAAGACUUGCUCAAUUCAUGCGCUCUCGAUCUCUGAGGAAAUCCAAAAAAAUGUCAGCUAAAUCUAAAAACCAAGAUGAGGUCAGUCAGAAAUCUUCCGUAUUCUCGGCACCGAAAAAGCGGGGAUUCUUGAGAAGAUUCUUUGGGGAAGUUCGCGAUCAUGAAGUCGAUACUUGCGAACAGCAGCAGGAAAAAUCAGUAUGCGAUGUCCAUUAUCCCACGGAUCUUCCAAUUAACAAUCAAGAUCAGGAGGAUGUUCGCGAAGCGGAUUAUUUCAGAAGACUUCGAAAGAGACAACAAAGAAGGAAACUUGAGGACAUAUAUCGCAUACCAGCUGAGCAUUAAAAAGAUCACAAAAAUUGGAUCAUUUCAAAUAUAUUCCAGGCUUAUAGAAUUUAAAUAAUAAGGUCAAUGACCCACAAAAACAA